UGAAAUUCAAAGAUCACCCAGAUAGCACAAAUGUCUAAAAUCGAGUCAUAAGACGUCUUUAGGAUAUCUUUAAUACAUCUUUAACACAAUACCUUAUAAUAAACUUGUCUUAAAGAUGUCUUAAAGAUAUCUUAAAGACGUCUUAUGACCCGAUUUUUGACAUUGUGUUUGAGUCAGAUAGAAAAGGACAGACAAUAGGUGCAACAUAAAAUAGUAAAAUGGUUACAAAAUGGAGAGUUAACACACAUGUGUUAUUUGUAUCUAACUGUGAUUAGGAAGAGUGUGCGAAUAGAAAGAGAAGCUACACGGCACCUGCUUUCUGUCUUUUUCUAUCUGAUCUUCACUGCCAAACAAAGCACGCGCAGUCUAUUCUUACUGUGCCUAUGACGCGUAUUAGCGUGAAGUUGCCGCUCCGAAUCUUGCUUGUGGAUGUUUCGAAUACGUGUUUCGUGAAUAUCGGAAUCAACGUCGGGAAUACGAAACGAGGCGGCUUUGCCGUGGCGCAGUUAUUCCCCAAUUCCGAGCACUGCGUCGCGGAGAGUGCAUCGCGUUAUGAAACGAGCACGUCGUCGAGAGUGACGAGGUGACGGACGAUCGUCGAGGCAGAGCUCUUCGGUUCAGGAUUCUGUGUCCACCCGCGCGGUGCCAAAAAACAGAACGACUGGCGAGAGGCGUGCGCUUGAGACAUUCCGACCUCUUCUUCCCAGGGAAGUAUCGAGCGACCGUGUCGAUACUCGAGACAUCUCGAUAAAUCGAAGCAUCUGCCGCCAUACGAAGAGAAGCGGCACGCAGGCACACAGGCUCUCUCCAGAAGCAACUGUUCUCGCGCAUUGCUCGCGCCCUCACGACUCCGAUUCGGCUGCACGCGCUGAAUGGAAACGCUAUCACAGCCGCCAGCUAUCAGAGCGGCCAGUACGGUUCCAUCCCUUCCGCAGAGACGACGUCGCCGGUGAGCAAGCAGCCCUCUCGCAGCGCCCGUGCUCCCAUUGUGAACGGAGAUGCUCGUUAACAAGUGCACGCUGGGCGCGCGCGUCUCGCCCCGACAACUAAUCAAUGGCGUUGCGAUGUGGAGGAGAAGCUUAACCGGUCCCGUAUCCUCGAAGGAACCUGCAGGGCCGGUAGUCAUGACGGAGAUACCGGGUCCACAGUCGCGCAGCAUGUUGCAAGAAUUGAACGCGAUACAACAAGCCUCUUCCGUACAAUUCUUCGUAGACUACGAGAAGUCCGCCGGCAAUUACAUAAUGGACGUCGACGGGAACGCGUUGCUGGACGUUUACAUGCAAAUCUCGUCGAUGCCCCUAGGGUACAAUCAUCCGGCGAUGUUGGAGGCUCUCGCUGAUCCCGUUAAUCAAAAAAUUAUGGUGAAUAGACCGGCAUUAGGCGUCUUCCCGGGUAGUAAUUGGGCUAGCAAAUUGAACAGGAUUCUGUUGAAGAGCGGGGUCGCUCCGCCCGGAUUGUCGCAUCUCACGACGAUGAUGUGCGGUUCCUGUUCCAAUGAGAACGCUUUCAAGAACAUAUUUAUCUGGUACGCCGAAAAACAGAGACAAGGAGCGCCGUUCACCAAAGAGGAGAUGGAGUCGUGCAUGUUAAAUCAGAUCCCUGGCUCGCCGCGAUUCUCCAUCAUGUCUUUCAAAGGAGCCUUCCACGGUAGAACUCUGGGCACUCUAUCGACUACUCAUAGCAAAUACAUUCAUAAGAUGGAUAUACCAGCCUUCGACUGGCCUAUCGCUUCCUUUCCCGAUUACAAAUAUCCUUUAGAAGAGUACGUGCGGCAUAAUCAGCAGGAAGACAAGCGUUGUCUCGCGGAGGUCGAGGAAUUGUUUGAGAAGUAUAAGAAGGAGAAGAAAACACCAGUGGCUGGUGUGAUAAUCGAGCCUAUUCAAGCGGAAGGCGGUGACAAUCAUGCGUCGCCGGAGUUCUUUCGGGAAUUGCAACGCAUAACUCGAAAGAACGGUGCGGCGUUACUUAUCGAUGAAGUGCAGACCGGUGGUGGCCCAACGGGGAAGAUGUGGUGCCACGAACACUUCAAUCUAGACGGUUCGCCGGAUUUGGUGACCUUCAGUAAGAAGAUGCAAUUAGGCGGCUAUUAUCACACAGAAGCUUUCAAGCCGAAGCAAUCGUAUCGCGUGUUCAACACUUGGAUGGGCGAUCCUAGCAAGAUGGUCUUGCUGGAAGCGAUCCUCGAUGUGAUAAACAAGGAGAAUCUCUUGGACAGGGUAACGCGCGUCGGCGACUACAUGAUGAAACAUUUAAAGGAUAUGCAAAAGGAGAAUUCCGCAAUAAGCGCGGUACGUGGACGCGGGACAUUCAUAGCGUUUAAUUGCGCUUCACCUGAAUUUCGAGACGCUCUCAUCAAGAAGCUUCAAAUCAAAGGCAUCCAAGCGGGCGGCUGCGGCAAACAAGCUGUGCGACUCAGGCCUGCGUUAACUUUCACGCAGCGUCACGCCGAUAUAUUUUUGGACGCGCUCCGUUCUAGCCUAAAAGAAUAAAGGAUACCGUUGAUGGCUCCUCAUGUCUUCCAGAUGUCUUCCAUUAACAGAAAUACGAAUAUACGCCAGAGAUAUAUUGAUGUGUCUAUAAAUCUAUAAAUGCCUAUUAUUUUUCUAUGGCAGUUACACAUUAUAUACGGGCAACGAAACUGGCGUGAUUCUUUCAAAUUGAUUAAUCUGCAUAUAUGUAUACGUGAUGGAGUUCCAAACAAUGCAAAAUUGCAAGAGGAAGGAAUCAUGCUAUAAAAUAUCACAGUCAUACACACACACACACACACAC